AUGCGAGCCUGGCUACGUUCGCCAUGCCGAUGGCUUAAUCACGGCCAGGUCUAUGGAAUGGAGCGACCAAGUGCUGAAGCUAAAUCGUUCGCGGAAAUGGGCUCACUCGUUCGAGCAGCCGCCAAGCUUCAUGUGUUUGAGUCUCAAAAACGGGCAGGGAACAUGAGAACGAGACCAUUCAACAACGCAGCGGGAAACGGUCAUCCAAUGUUCUUCGAUUGUCUGCCCCGAAAGCAUCACAUCGCUCCAAGCAAACAACAUCCGAACCUGAAGGAAUCAAGACCCCUAGGUAUUCUCGGCAGUAAACUUGGGAGAUUCUUGGCGGCGGCCUGCGGCGAUUCCCCCGCUCGCUACCAAUUCUUACUUCCAGCCCAGCAGCAGGGCGGCGGCGGCCCGGACAGCUUUGGACUGUUUUGGUGCUUGCUGAUUGGACCUAGUCUAAAGUCCGGGACCAGCGGCAUAUUGGCCCUGUCGCUUCCUAGCCACCCCAGAAGCUCUGCUGAUCAACGACGUCAGCUAGCCCCGUUUUAUUCAAGUUAUUCAUUCAAGUUAUUCAAGCGGAACUGCAACAAGUGGCAUCAUGCGCUGGGCAAGGUCGUAGCGCACGACCAAGGGACCGGAAUAGUAAACGACAUUGAGAAGACAUUAUGGUGUUCACAAAGUCAAUUCACUCGAGUGCCGUCCGGCUUGGAUCAGAUACAAAGUCUAAUUCGGAUUUGA